CAAGGAAUUCUACUGGUAUCCGUCCUGAAACGAAGACCAUCAUGGAAGGAAAGAUUUUAUACGCUAUGGUCGCCCAUUGGGAAAAAACAGGAUACAGAAUCGUCGCCGAUCAUCCCGUGGACCAGGCACUGACCUAUCGUAAUGUCGCUCUAGCAGCGAUCGAAAGUGCUCCACCUUCGGAGGAAAAAUUCAGCACGGAGCAGGGAAAAUACACAGUGCACAUUGUCAUAAGCGAGCUUCGAUAUGCAUGUUUAACAUGCAGUCCGGAAUGCUCAUCCUCGGCUCCUCGUCAAGCUUCGUAUUGUCAUAUUUUUUUGGACAGAGUUAGAAGCGUUUACAAGGAAAUACCAAUUUUUGCAGAUUUAUCCAGUAAAUUUUCAGACCUCUCGAUCAUCGACCUCUCGGCUCCACUGAAAAAGCUGAUGGAGGAACACAAUCAUUUGGAGUCGAAUGUACUGCCCAGAUUAGAAUGCGAGCUCGCGGAAAUUCGAAAAGCUCUCAUGGAAGGAGUUCAAAAAUUAGUGGACAGGGGUCAAAGACUGGAAGAACUAGUCAGAAAAACGCAGACGUUACAAAUCACGGUGCACAGGGAUUUCCGAGGACCUUUGAGAUCAGCCAGAAAACGAAGAAACAUCUUGAUAGCGUUUAUUACGACAACCUCUAUAUUUCUCUCGACUACUCUCUUUGUCAUUCUUCUCUACUUCGGUAUCAUUUAAGACUUCGCCAUGAUUUUAGUAAUAAA